UAAAAGAAAUCUAUAUUAAUGGGAACUCAAUAAUAAAAAGCACCUCAAACUAAAUAGAUAACUCAAUUCUAAAUUGAAAUUGCCUGCCUAAAAGUAUGUUUUUCUUUAAUUUCAGGUUAAAGGCUAUGUGGAAUUAAACCGAGAUAGACGAACCAAUUAAGCACUAAUGAAAGAAAAGGCUUUAAAUGAGAUGUUGCGUAGUCCUACUAGAAUCAUGGCAGAAGAGUAUCAGAAGUUCCAAUAAUUGGUUCUGGAUGUUAGAUUUUUGGAGACUUGUAACACUGUCGUAAGGUAUACUAAUCUCAUAUUAUUUUAGAUACUGUGAUAUUGUUAAGGAUUAAUCAAUCCGAAUCUUUAAAUGUGGAGGAGAUCCAUCUAAAAUAGCUGACAUCAUGCCAUACAUAGAAACUAUCGUCUUUGCCGCUGAUAAUUUGAACUUAGAGCAAGUAAUGGAAUUUAAAGAUUUGAUGAUAUUCUAUUUUGGACCUGGUUUCAAUGACACUAAUAGAUUAUUAAAUGUUGAUCAAAAAAUCAAAUAACUCUAUAGAACUCCUCUGCCUGACGCAUAUGAAGUUAAUGAGUUUGCAAUAAAGUUUGCAGAAAAAUAUGGAUUCAGUGAAGAAUAACUAAAUUCUUCAGGGCAUUAAUUUAGCUCCAAAUUUUAAAGGCCAGCUCAAGGAGGUAUUUUAAUAGAAUAAUAACCUUUUGGAUAAUAAUAAUUUAUGCCACCUUCCAACUAAGGUUUUGGAGUACCUUUUGGAUCUCAUCCAGAACCAUUCCCACAGCCAGCAGGAUAUGGUGAUUUCGGAAUGGGUGGAGGUUUUGGCACCUAACCUUAAGGAGGAUUUGGUAACCAAACAUAAGGAGGUUUUGGCAAUUAACCCUAAGGAGGUUUUGGUAACUCGAAUUAAGGAGGUUUAGGCAAUUAAACUUAAGGAGGCUUUGGUAAUCCUCCUCAAGGAGGUUUUGGUAAUCAACCUUAUUAAGGUUUUGCAACCGCCCCUUAAGGUGGGUUUGGUAAUCAACCUUAAGGAGGUUUUGGUAGCCAACCUUAAGGAGGUUUUGGAACACAAGGAAACUUUGGUGCUUAAAAUUAAGGUGGAUUUGGAACUGCAUAAGGCGGUAAUUAAACAAGUUAAAAUGGAUUUGGAAAUUUAGGUCCGUAACCAGGAUUAUAUAAUUAACCACCUAAUUAAUAUGGUAACCCAUCUAAUGGCGGAUUCGGUUAAACUAAUGGAUCCCCAAAUCCUUAUGCCUGUCUCAAUUAAGGUAUCUUUAUUGUUUAAUAUGUUUAGGUCCACAAAUAAUGGCAAGUUAAAGCAUGAAGGUUCCUUAGACAUAUUAACCUCCUUAAUAACAAUAAUUUCCUUAGACAACACCAGGAAUUUAACCUUAAUAGCCUGUUGAGCAAAAGAGAAAUAAUAAUGAUUAAGCUAUAGAUGAUUUGGAAGCCAGAUUAAGAAAGAUCGAUUAAGGUUUAUGA